AUCUCGCGGCGCGGCCCCCGCCCCGCCCGCUCCAUUUCCAGGGAUCCCAGAGCCCGGCACCGCUCCGCAGGGACGGGAAGGACGGGACCGGCACCGCAGUGUGACUUGCAGGUCCGUUUCACCAUAUAGUGCCAAAGGAAAGAGGAUGGAACCAGGAAACACUGCCAAGGAAAGAGUCCUCAUUACUGGCGGAGGGGGUUAUUUUGGCUUCCGUUUAGGUUGUGCCAUAUAUCAAAAGGGAGUUGAUGUGAUUCUCUUUGAUGUAGUGAAACCACUUCAAGCCGUGCCAGAGGGAAUAAAGUUCAUGCAGGGGGAUAUCUGUUGCCUGUCUGAAGUGGAAGAUGCUCUCAGAGAUGUAAUCUGCGUAUUCCAUAUCGCUUCCUAUGGAAUGUCUGGCAGGGAGCAGCUGAACCGAAAACUUAUAGAAGAUGUUAAUGUAAAAGGAACAGAAAAUGUCAUCCAAGCCUGCAAGAGCACAGGAGUGUCGAGUCUGGUUUAUACAAGCACAUACAACGUGAUAUUUGGAGGGCAGAUUAUAGAAAAUGGGGAUGAAUCUCUGCCUUACCUACCUCUUCACCUCCAUCCCGAUCACUACUCCCGAACCAAAUCUUUAGCUGAAAUGAAGGUGCUGGAGGCAAAUGGUGCUGAGCUUGGAAAUGGGAAAGGUGUAUUAAGGACUUGUGCUCUGCGACCAGCAGGCAUCUACGGGCCUGGAGAACAGAGACACCUUCCAAGAAUAGUCAGUUAUAUUGAAAGGGGACUGUUUAAAUUUGUCUAUGGAGAUCCUCUUAGUUUGGUAGAAUUUGUACAUGUAGACAACCUGGUUCAGGCUCAUAUCCUUGCCUUUGAGGCCCUCAAAGCCAAAAAGCAGCACGUUGCUGCAGGCCAAGCUUAUUUUAUUUCAGAUGGCAGGCCUGUAAAUAACUUUGAAUUUUUCCGACCCUUAGUGGAAGGUUUGGGUUACAAGUUCCCAACCUGUCGCCUCCCUCUCUCCCUUGUCUAUUUUUUUGCAUUCCUUACUGAAGUAGUUCAUUUUCUUGUAGGGCACAUUUAUAAUUUUCAGCCCCUCCUGACUCGCACAGAGGUUUACAAAACUGGUGUCACUCAUUAUUUUAGUAUGGAGAAGGCCAGGAAGGAGCUGGGGUAUGAGCCUCAGCAGUACAGCCUGAAUGAAGUGGUGGAAUGGUUUAGAUCCCAGGGAUGUGGACGAAAGCCAAGAAAUUAUACCAUUAUGCAGCUUGUUAGGGAUGGAGGACUGCUUUUCCUGCUGAUUGCUGUGAUGGUCUCGUGGUUUCCAUCUGCAGUUACAUUUUCACUCUAAAAGAUGAAAUGCUGAGGACAGAAUUUAGUUACGUUCUCUGUGUACUCUUGAUUUUGACAGACAGGUAAUAAAGAUUUUUUUUU